CGUACAGUGAUAUCACGCCAGCUUUUAAUUACUCACGGAAUGGCAAAUCUUUAUUCCAGAUGGAUAUUUUUCUACUUUAUAUAUUUAGUAUCCAUAAUGUCAGCUUUUCACCACACCGAGGCUAGAUCGGUCCCCACAAGGUCAGCUGAUGUCGAGGUUCUGUCUAACAAUAGCUGUUCUGACGUCGGUGUGACACUGAUGAACCAGAGUUGUGACUUCAACCAUGGUUACUGUAGCUUUAGUUAUCCCAGUUACCCUCAUAUACAGUGGAAACGAUAUACUGGACCACGCACCAUAGGCGUCGAUUCUCUUCACGAUGGAGGACCAUUCCUAUACCCAUACAUGCUUGGUAAACGUACUGGUGCCAGUUCCUCCAUCAACACGACCAUGAUCAGCGGUGGGGCUGUGUGUAUACAGUUCUGGUACGGAAUGGCAUAUUCAGGUGCCAAUCUGGAAGUUCUAUUGGACACCAAUGGCGGGGAAACAUCGCUAUGGAAACUGGCUGGUAACCACGGGACUAAAUGGAAGAAGGCGAUAUUGGCUGUUUACAGUCAGACUCCAUUCAAGGUAACUUUAUCUUACAUAAGGAAAUGUAUUUGUAUUCGUUAAUGCUAUCAA